AUGGACGAAACAUACCAAAAAAGAAAAAAAAUAGAAAAAUUGGCUUUUCCAAUUCAAUGCAUUGGGGAAGCACUUAAUUUUUUAAAUCAAAUUGAUUUUAAUAUUGGUGAAGUAACAUUUAAUUCCGAUAAAAAUGAUACCCAUCACAGUUUUAAUAAUAAUAUCAAUAAUAAAAAUAUUAAUAAUCAAGCAAAAAAGCAAUUACAACAAAUACAAUCAUCAAACCAAUCAUCUUUAAAAUUUACAUCGUCAAAAUCAAGUAAAUCUAAACAACAAAAUAAUCAACAAAUUGAUAAAUAUAAUUCCAAAAAUCAAGAAAAACAAUUUAAAUCUUUAAAUAAAAUAAAUGUUGAUGAAUCUUCUGAAAAUAAUAUUGAUAGUGAUGAAGAUGAUGGUGAAGAAGAUUCAGAAAAUUCACAAUUUUUCACUGACCAAGAUAAUACUGAUGAUAGUAGUAGUAAUUCCAAUACUGAUAUUCAAUCACCUUCAUCCUUAAAUUCACCAUUACCAACUUUAAGAAAAAGAGUUUACUGUCCAUCUGCACCUGCAUCAUCAUCAUCGUCAUUAUUACCAUCUUCAAUAUCAAAUCAAUCACCACUUAAAAAGUACGUUUUGGAAACACGGCCACCACCACAACCACAACCACUGCCGCCACCUCGCCAAUAUCAAAGAUAA